UUGGUUUCAUAUGAGAGCCUGCAAAGCAUCCUACAAUCACAGAUGAAGAAAGGAGAUACAUAGAAGAAAGCAUUGGAGAGAGUGCCAACCUCCUAGGUGCAAUGGAAAAAUACAAAACACCAUGGAGAAAAUUUUUUACAUCUAUGCCAGUCUAUGCAAUAAUAGUUGCAAACUUCUGCAGAAGCUGGACUUUUUACUUGCUGCUAAUUAGUCAGCCGGCUUACUUUGAGGAAGUGUUUGGAUUUGAAAUAAGCAAGGUGGGUAUCUUAUCUGCUGUGCCGCAUUUAGUGAUGACAAUUAUUGUUCCUAUUGGGGGACAAAUUGCUGACUUUUUAAGAAGCAGGCAGAUUGUUUCAACGACCAAUGUGAGAAAGAUAAUGAACUGUGGAGGUUUUGGUAUGGAAGCAACUCUUCUUCUCGUGGUGGGAUAUUCACACAGCAAAGGAGUGGCUAUUUCAUUCUUAGUGCUUGCUGUAGGCUUUAGUGGAUUUGCCAUAUCUGGAUUCAAUGUCAACCAUUUAGACAUUGCCCCAAGGUAUGCUAGCAUUUUAAUGGGGAUUUCUAAUGGAGUCGGGACCUUGUCUGGAAUGGUUUGCCCUAUAAUUGUUGGAGCAAUGACAAAGAACAAGACACGUGAAGAAUGGCAGUAUGUCUUCCUCAUUGCUGCUUUAGUUCAUUAUGGAGGUGUGAUAUUCUAUGGCAUAUUUGCUUCAGGAGAGAAACAGCCCUGGGCAGACCCUGAACAGACAAGUGAAGAGAAAUGUGGCUUUAUUCAUGAAGAUGAACUUGCUGAAGAGACAGGGGACAUUACUCAGAAUUAUGUAAAUUACGGUACCACCAAGUCUUAUGGUGCUACAACCCAGGUGAAUGGUGGCUGGCCAAAUGGCUGGGAGAAAAAAGAGGAAUUUGUACAAGAGGAAGUACAAGACUCAUACAAUUACAAGGAAAGAGAUUAUUCAUAACAAACCUAAAUAUUUGGUAUAUUUUGUAGUGUUUGUGAUUAAAUUCAUUGUGAUUGUUUGCACAGAAAAAAAAUGUGGUAUAAACAUGUAAACACAUAUCAGACAGGAAGGUCUUACUGUAAAAAAAUACAUCAAAGUGCAAUCUGUAUGAGUUGUGAUGUUAUCACUUUCAUUAGGUUAUAUUUGUUCUAUAAACAUUAGAGUUUUAAGGGUUUACUGGUCAAAAUUAUAGAGGCAAGUAGGUACUUUAGAGUAUACAAGAGCUAAAACUCAUAAUUAAAGAUUAAAGCACAACUAAGCAACCAAGUUGGCACAUCUAAUGCUCUUUUUAGAAAGCCAAAAUUACUUGAUCAUUUAAAAUGCACUUAUAUAUUUGUUACACUGUAUUGAAAGAGAUUGUGUUAAAGACACACAUUUACUCAGUGCAAUGUAGUAGUUGUGUGUUUAGUCUAGGACAAGAACUUUCUCAAAGAAGAAAGGCUGAGUCCUAGGCAUUUACAAGGAUUGAUCCAGUUCCCUUAAUGGUAAUUGUAUCAAGCCUAAAGAACAAAUAGGGCAUAUUGUAUGUUUAUUGUGAUUACAUGCUGCAGGCUACUCUGUGAUAAAUAUAGGAAUUAUUUAGGAGUUUUAUACUGAAUGUUUGGGCACAAAUUCUUAUUUCUAUUCUUUACAGAAUCUCAUGAAAUUAUAGACAUUGUCAUGUUCUUCCCUGCAUUUAUCAUCUAAUAUAAAAACAAUGUAAAAUAUUAAGUCUGAUUUUUCAGACAGCCUGGCAAAUCCCUUUAUCAAAAAACAAGCUUUAUUAUUCUAUUCUUUACAGUAUAUUCUGAAUUUGUACUGGUGUCUUUAGAAAGAGAAAGAAAUCCCCAAUGUAACAUAGAAAAAAAGAUAGUCUUUUACAAAAUUCCAAAGAUAAUUUUACUAUGAACAAAUAGCCCUAUGAAAAAGGAUGCAUUUGUUUUGCAGAAUAUUUUGAAACAAAUAGAAAAAAAACAGAGAAUAAUUUAACCCUUAUUCUUCCCUUAAUAGCUUUCAUAUUUUUACACAUCGUGCCACAGUUGUAUACAUAGAUAUGUUUAUUGAAGGUACUGUAAUUAUAGAAAAUGUUAUUUUAGAAAUCCCUGAAAUAAAAUUUAUUUGUCUUUCGCUCAAACCUAAUAAUAAUGGACACUGAAUAAUACACACAAUAAACCAAAGUGGUAAAUAACUAGUGUUGGGUUGAAAGAAGCCAACAAGCAUCAUGCUUGUCUUUUUAGCAUAACUCAACAGUGACUGCAACAUUAGUGUACCAAGCAAUAAGUGCAAUGCAUUAUGAAGUGCAUAAUCUUCUAGAUGAUAUAUUUACCUUUAUUUAGCUUGUUGUAUAUACUUGGGGUUGUUGGGAUUGAACCAAACUGAACCAACUGAAGUUAGCAACACCAGACCACUGCUUAAUACUCUAAAAUGACAAUGAUCCAUUUCUUAAUUCAAUCAAAUUAUUAUUAUUGUAUGUAAUAAUCCAUUCUGGAUUCUUGGUCUGUUCAUUGUAUUGUGCUAGUGAUUGGAAACCCUGCUACCGCAAUAUACAACUUGAGGAUUGUUUUUUUCUCCUUUUUUUUAAUGCAAAUCAUACCUUGACCUUAAGAAAAGAAGUAUUUUGCUUUGUGCCUCAAAGUGAUGUAAAACGUGACCAUAGCUUUUGCUGUGUUUAAUGAAAAAGAUGUGGACUGUGUCACUUUUGUUGCUGCAAAAAGUGUUAAUAAAACGCUCUAUUUAUCCUUUUAUAUAAAAAAGA